AUGUCUAGUUUCAAGAAAUUCACAGACUUUUUGUUCUCCAAGCAAUCGUUGAGAUACGUGUGUACAACUCACUUCUGGGGACCGGUGUCCAACUUUGGUAUUCCUGUCGCUGCCGUCAUGGACUUGAAAAAAGACCCUGAUUUGAUCAGUGGACCAAUGACCGGAUCGUUGAUUUUAUACUCAUUGACAUUCAUGAGGUACUCAUUGGCUGUGACUCCUCAAAACUACUUGUUGUUUGGAUGUCAUUUUGUGAACGAAUUGGCUCAAUUGGGUCAGGGUUAUAGGUGGGUGAAUCACCAUUACGGUUCAUCAAAGAAGGCUGUCGAGGCUGUCACGGAGACGAAAUAG